CGGAGAACGGUAAGCUGUGUCGAGGGCCUAUGGAGUGAGUAGUAACACUGUCAGCAAGAGGCAGGGUAUUGAGUGUCCGAGAUCACAAUCCAAUGUUGGAUGGCGUCUCACACGAGCAGUGCCGUACAGUGCAUGCGUGGAAUGCCUUUCUUACAAUAUCGCGAGCACCAGUCAACUUUGCCGCCCGUCCGGGGUAAAACAGAACCUCGCGUAGCUGAUAUUGGGGGCUGGGAGGCAAAAAACCUCGACCCGGCAGUUCGCGGCCAUGGAUGCCGACACUGCAGGGCGGCGAAAUGCAGUAAGGGCGGACAAGAUUCCAGCAGGAAUCCCUUCAUUGGAGUCCAGAGGAGAAACCGCAGCGGUGGUACUGUCUCCUAGCCUAGUUGCGGGAUCUAGAUCUGUAGAUCGACCGGUUCAAGCCUCACUUUCAGCGAUCUGCCGGUCCCUGCGGCAGAAGGCGACGUGCUGUGGUAAAGCGCAUAAGAACCGGCUACGAGUGGUGGAUCUCCCUUGCAUUCCACGCAUCUUCUGUCCAGUCCAAUUCAUGGACAGAACAAGCAUUUUUUCAGGCGAGGGGGCCAUUGUCCGCACAAGGCGCGGAGGUCAAAUAGAGCACCUGUCAUUGCGGUAAGGGGUAAAAUGAGCAGCAAUAGAACAAACAACGGUCCGUCUACUGCGUCCAAGUGCUGACUUGGCUUACGGGGUUUGACGCCAAAGCCAUUCCAGAGGAAGAAGAACAAGGCAGGUGUGAGGUUAGCAAGGGAGCGACGAUAUGUAGAAUGUCCCGGCUGGUAGCUCAAUUCCGGAUUGAUUCGCAUAACUUAAUACGGCCACCACUUGUAUAAGCAUGCUGCAACACUUAUCCUCUCAAUGAAAGAUCUGUAUGUCUUG